GCCUGAGAUCGGUUGCCAUCAACACCUUCGAGUCCUCGGCGCAUGAUUUGAUGUGCCGAGCUAGGCGGGAGUAAGGAAACGGCAAGCGACUUGAAGUCUUUGCGCUUGCUUGAGGGGACGUCAGAAAGACUUACGCACGACAAACAUUCUUGUUUAUUUACUUCUUUUUCAUCCGAUCUUGUGCUCCGUGAUUGGAGCUUUGGCCUGUGAGAGAAGCAUUCUGAUCCAAGCUUUAUGUAUGGUAGAGCCAGAUUGCUGCAGACCAUCCGCGCCCGGCUUUUGGCACCUCUCGGAGUCGACGAACAGUCUCCUCAGGCUCAGAGCUAUCAACCCCUGAUCAAUUCCGACGACAUGGCAGCCGAGGCAUCGGCCAUAAGCAGUGGGCCGGUCUUGUCCAAGGCAGACGCCGAUGGCGCCAACUACGGAACCGCGGCUGCGACGGUGAAAGACGUGCAAGACUCGCCAUCCACAUCCACGUCGGAUGCCGAGGCCGAAGUCGUUGCAGCGGGCCUCUCGCAGCUCGAGGCGCGCAACACGCACUGGUACUCGUACCUGCUGACGCUCGACUUCUGGGCCAUCACCGCCGUCGGGCAGGUGCUCGCGCUCUGCAUCACGGCCACCAACACCUUCACUACCCUCCUGGCGGGCGUGAACACCAACAUCCCGGCCUUCCAGACGCUCUUCAACUAUGCCCUGCUGACGCUCAUCUGGCUGCCCAUCUGCUGGCACAAGCACGGCUUCCGCGCGUGGGGCCGGAUCGUGGUGCGCGACGGGUGGAAGUACUUCAUCCUCUCGUUCCUCGACGUCGAGGGCAACUACUUCACCGUGCUCGCGUACCGGUACACCAACGUGCUGUCGGCGCAGCUGAUCAACUUCUGGUCGAUCGUCUGCGUCGUGACCAUCUCGUUCUUCCUGCUGCGGGUGCGCUACCGGCCGCUCCAGAUCGCCGGCAUCCUCAUCUGCUGCGGCGGCAUGGGCGUGCUGCUGGCCAGCGACAAGAUCCAGGGCACAAACGACUACGGGCCCGAGGACGCGCUCAAGGGCGACCUCUUCGCGCUGCUGGGCGCCACGCUGUACGGCAUCAGCAACGUGUUCGAGGAGUGGUUCGUCAGCAAGCGGCCCGUGUACGAGGUGUUGUCGUUCCUGGGCAUCUUCGGCGUGUGCAUCAACGGGGUGCAGGCGGGCAUCUUCGACCGCCACUCCUUCCGGGGCGCGACGUGGAACGGGCAGGUCGCCGGCUGGCUGGUCGGCUACACGCUCUGCCUGUGCCUGUUCUACUCGCUGGCGCCGCUGAUCCUGCGCAUGGGCAGCGCGGCCGUGUUUGACGUCAACCUGUUGACGGCCAACUUCUGGGGCGUCAUCAUCGGCACGAGGGUGUUUGGCCAGGUGGUGCACUGGAUGUACCCCAUCGCCUUUGUCCUCAUCGUCUGCGGCCUGGUCAUCUACUUCCUGGCGGGCAGCAUUCUGGGCGACUCCAAGAAGCCGUGGCUGGGCGAGAACCAAAAGGAUGGUGUUGCGGGCAUUGGCACGGCCAAGCUGAAGGCGCUGAACGAGGCGAGGAGGAGGGGGCUGGCCGGUGAUAGCGAUACGGCGCGGGUUUAGGGGAGAAGAUAUGGAGGAAGUGGCAGUGGGGCACAGAAUCGGUAAUGCGCUUUGGUGAUAACAACGAGUGGGGGGGAUACGAUUUGUGGCAUCGCAUGCGGUCUAGUAGUAUGAGCAUUAGGGCUCCUAAGCCGGUCGCUGCCGCCUGGGGCGGUUUGUUGGAUUGGCCGCUCUGAGAGGCCAGUGACUCAACAACGCAGUUGUGUGGUUUGGGUUUCCAUGCGACCUUUAGUUUUAUGAUAAAGUGCUGAUAAAGAGUCAC